GCAGUAUUCGUCGAAUUGUCAGUAACAUUUCGCAGUACUUCAGUAAAUGAAUUCAUUUCUCAAGCUACUUCUAAACAAAAUGAAGAACUUCACAAUAUUAUCUAUGAUUAUUGCAUUACUUGUCAUCGGUCAAGUGUUCUGCCAAAACACACGUCGUCGCGGUGACGGACGAGACGAGUAUCGGCAGCAGUAUCCCAGGCCGUCCAGACCUCCGCCCGGGGGCAGAUGGUUCGGCGAGAAUUACGGAUGGCAGUACCAACGCGGCGGAGAUUAUUGGUAUCACCCGCAGUCGGUGUGGAGAUGGCAACCGAACAAUGGAUGGAUGAACUCGUACUACAAAUAACCAGUGUUGCAUAAAGAUAAUUUUUUUACUAAAUAAAUAAGUAAUAAUAA